AUAAGUUAUAACAGAUUUAAGCUCAGACUCUGAGCAAGCCAAUUGACAGAAAAAUGGCAGCCCUUUCAAUCUCUUCACUGUCUUCAUCCUCCAAACCCUUAAACCUCAUCAAACCCCUCAGAACUCAACCAAUUCUCAACCUUCAAACCCAACAAUGGCUUCCCUCUCUCACCCUCAAGAAACCCAUUUCUAUUCACUCUCUCAAACCCCAUCCCCUUCCCCUCCGAUUCACCCAGCCUCUAAGAAAACCCUACCUUCUUUACUCCUCCAGACCCCUCCCGAUCAAAUCCCUCUUCACCGGCAUAGUCGAAGAGAUGGGCGAAGUCCGACACAUCGGGUACGAGGAUCCCGAGAGUUUCACCAUGAAAAUCGGCGCAAAAACCGUUCUUGACGGCGUCAAUCUCGGCGACAGCAUCGCCGUCAACGGAACGUGCUUAACCGUCACGGAAUUCGACACCCAAUUGUCGGAAUUCACGGUCGGAUUGGCCCCGGAGACCCUGCGAAAGACCUCUCUGAGUGAACUGGAACACGGAUCUCGGGUCAAUUUGGAGAGGGCAUUGACGCCCAAUUCAAGAAUGGGCGGCCAUUUCGUGCAGGGCCACGUGGACGGCACCGGAGUGAUUUUAGGGCUCGACCCAGAAGGGGAUUCAUUGUGGGUGAAAGUGAAGACUACAAAGGAGCUGAUAAAAUACAUUGUGCCCAAAGGCUUUAUUGCAGUGGAUGGGACAAGCUUGACUGUGGUGGAUGUGUUUGACGAUGAGUGCUUCAAUUUCAUGCUGGUGGCUUACACGCAGCAGAAAGUGGUGAUUCCAUUGAAGAAGAUAGGGCAGAAGGUGAACUUGGAGGUGGAUAUACUGGGGAAGUAUGUAGAAAGGUUGCUUAGCAGUGGGUUUGUAGAUUCCAUCAAAUCUGCUUGAGCUGAAAACAGGUAGCUCCUUUCAGUGUUGCUCCAUUUUCUAUCUUAUCCCACUGAUUUUGAAUGUUGAAUAAAAAAAAAUUUGAUCUUGAUUGUCUACAUGUUUGAGCAUGAUGCAUUAUGGCAAA